AUCUAUGAAUUGAAAGAAUAGCUUCACACAGUUUCACUGCAAACACAUCAAUGGCUUUGCCCUCUUUUUCUUCUGCAAAUUCCUUAGCGAAAGGUUCUUCUCAUUACAAUUACUGCACAUCAUCCUUUUCCUCAUCUUCAUUAUAUUCAUCUUCUUACAACCUCGUGCACUCCCAACUCAUCCUGGCCGUCAGAUCACCUGUUCGAAUACGCUCCACGCUGCAGAUCAUCAAUGGCUCUAUCCAACAUUCGUCUCCGCAGAGAAACAUGGUUGCUUUGGAACCUACUAAACCUAUUGAGGAGGUUCGAGAAAGGACAAGAAGAACUUUGCAGAGAGAAUCGGAUCCAACGGCUGCGAUGAAGUUGAUCGACACCCUUCAAUGGCUGGGAAUCUCUUAUCAUUAUGAAGAAGAUAUUGAUUUGUGGUUGGAGAAAUUACAGCAUUGGGAUGUUGGGGAAGAUGACUUACAGGGCACAGCUUUACGUUUUCGACUACUACGACAAAAUGCAAGGCCUGUUAGCUCAGAUGUUUUUCGAAAAUUCAUGGUGAAAGAACAAAACAAAGAGGGGCUAUUGAGUUUAUACGAAGCUUCAUAUUUAGGUGCAAAUGGUGAGGAUACCUUAUCCGAUGCCAUGAAAUUCGCAAAAAAUGAACUGAAAUCUUCGCCGGUGCCACAAAAUAUAUCGAGACGUGUGGCCCGAGCCCUUGAGCUUCCAAGGCAUCUACGGAUGGAACGGUUGGAAUCAAGAUUGUACAUCAACGAAUACCAUUAUCAAGACAACCAUUGUCCGAUUCUUCUAAAACAUGCAAUAGUUGAUUACAAUGAGGUCCAGUUAUUACAUCAAACUGAACUUGCCGAGUUAUCAAGGUGGUGGAAUCAUUUGGGACUAAUUGAAUCUUUGGGGUUCGCACGGGAUCGUCUCAUUGAGUGUUUCUUGUGGACUGUUGGGAUUCUCCCGGACCCGAAGUAUUCACAUGUCCGAGUAGAAGUGGCUAAGUCCCUUGCACUCUUAACUGUAAUCGACGAUGUUUUUGACAUGUUUGCCCCGAUGAAUGAACUUCAUCUUUUCACACAAGCAAUUCAAAGGUGGAAUCUUGAUAUGAUUGAGCAACUUCCCGAAUACAUGAAAGUAUGCUAUAUGGCAUUGUACAACACUACGAAUGAAAUUGCUUUCAAGGUCCUCAAAGAACAAAAGAGGAAUAUUCUCCCAUUUCUUGCUAAAGUGUGGAUCGACACAAUCGAAGGGUAUUUGAUCGAAGCCGAGUGGUUCAAAAAUGGAAGUGUACCAAGUGCAGAAGAUUAUCUGAGAAAUGGUGUAGCAACAUCCGGAUCAUACAUGGCCUUGGUUAACAUAUUCUUCUUGAUGGGCGAAGGACUUACCACUCAAAAUGUGAAGUUAAUGGCAAAACCCUAUCCAAAGCUAUUUUCAAAUUCGGGAACUAUUCUUCGACUUUGGGAUGAUCUCGGAACUACUAAGGAAGAACAAGAUCUUGGAGACAAUUCAUCGAUAAUAACUUCUUUGAUGAAGUAUAGAAGAAGUGAAAAUGAAGGUGAAGCUAAAGACUAUGUUAUGGAGCUUAUUCGUAGCUUGUGGAAAGAUAUGAACGGCGAGCUUCUCGAAUCUAAUCUAUUGCCCUUGCCGAUGUCGAAGGCAUGCUUCAAUAUGUCAAGAACAUCGCAAGUUGUUUACCAACACAAAGAAGAUAGUUAUUUUUCAAGUGUGAAAAAAGUUGUUAAUUUUCUACUUUUUGAACAAAUUGAUAAUUGAAAUGAUAUUGUUGAU